AUGGCUGCUGAGGCCGGAGACAAGCCCGCGGCCGUCGAUGGCGCUGGCCCCGAGGCGACACCAAAUUCCACCGUCGAACUGCCCGUCCGAACGACGAAACGAGAUGCCACGCCGCCCCCAGGCCAGUCGCUCACCGGAAAGCAGGAGCACUACCUCAAGCGAGAGCUCAUCUCUGAGCAGGUAAAAUGGGAGAUUAACGAGCUCAACUCCACGACGGCCCUUCAGCGCUUCGGCGCACCCUUCCGCUCCGACCACGGCGAGGUCUCCCCCCAAGAGUCUGAGCUACCUAUUCUGCGAUACAUCUUUGUCCAUCAUGUUCGCGACUUUCCCUUUCUAGACAAGGCGCGCGAGAAGGAAUUCUGGCAAGACAAGCUCCAGGUGUUCCUUGAGUCCUUUGCAGGCAAGUCAAUCUCAUCCUCUGAGGAUCGCCUGGAGGAGACGAAACGCCGAAAGCUCGCCAUCAAGGCUAGAAAACUUGUCGAGUUGAUGAUGGUGUCCGGAAUCGGAACAUCAUCUGGUUUUGAAGAGCGCAUUCGAUUUUCAGAGAUUGAGAUCGUGGAUAGCAAUGCUAUCGAGACUGGGGUGAUGCACACCCUGCCUGAGGGCAACUAUAUCAACGGCUGGGAUGUCAAUGUUGCCGGUGUGCGCGUCACUCAGGUUAAGCAUACGAUUCGAAAGCAUAAGCACGCCGAGUUCAUCCUGAGGGUCAAAAAGAAGGGAGAGCUGGAAUACUACGUGGGCCGGAGGUACAGCGACUUUGCAAAGCUUCAUAGGCGACUGCGCAAUGAGCUUCCUGGUCGAGUACUCCCGGAUAUGCCUAAGAAGAAUAAGUCUGACACGACAACGACCGCCCUUACGUCUGUAUUCAGCAAUGGGAACGACUCGGAUGCCUCCUCCAUCUCUUCUGUAUCAACCCGGGUAACUGGUCUUGCCCUCGCUCCCGACGGCUCAUCAUCAAUGCUGUCACCCGGUCAUCGCAGGGCCGGUUCAGCGGCUUCUUUCCGAUCAAGCCGCUCAAGGGGACUCAAUUCGCCCAAAAUCCCUUCACCGCGAGCAUCUACCGAGGGAGGGAGACUAAGUCCAGGCGUUGUUCCAAGCCCUGACAAAGAGACUACUGUCGUUCUCUGGCGCGAGAACCAGCGUAUCUCACUCCGGGCCUUCGUUCGAUCUCUCCUACACAACCCCCAGGUCGCCAAUACAAACGCCAUGCAGGAGUUCUUGACUGGUGAACCUAUCACCCCCACAGAUGAAGAUGUAGAGGACAUUAUCCGGAGAAAGGCUGUCGACGAGAAGCGCAUGGAAGAACAGAAGCAAUUCUACGAGAUUGCCCGGAAACGAGCUGCUGAGCUUGAUGAGUACAUGGAACAGUUCCGCCGAGACAUUGUUGAACGCAAUGGGCUCACAAUGCUCUUCAAGGAGAUCAAGGAAAAGGAAACGAUCCCAGACCUCAGCAUUCAGUAUCGAAAGUUUGCCGAGUGGCUUCGUAUUGAGAUUGCCGCCGUCAUCUAUCACCUUUUCCUUGCCGAGGACAACUCUCCCGAGCUUUUUGCACAGGCGAAGCGUAUUCACUCUCUCAUCCCGUACUCGCUCAUGAAGAAUGUGAUUCGAAUCGCCAACCCAGCGGCCGUCAUGUCGGGUGUUCUCGACAUCUUCCUGGCUCAGCCCUUUGGCACACGGUCGUUGAUGCAGAGAAUCUUCUCUCUGACUCUGAAUGAUGGUAUCAGGAGCUUCCAGAAAUCAAUCGAUAUCCUGAGUACUAAGAUCGGUGACCCGGUCUUCUCAGACAAGCUCUACAAGUACACACACUCAGAAGAGCAUAUCAAGCUGGCUAUUCGCGAGGAGGCCGAGGCGGAUGACGUGGACCUGAUUGUGGCAAUCUUGAGAUCAGACCUCAUCGAGCCAGGGCUGACAGGAGAGCAAAUCCAGAGGCUCUACAAUGCCUACGUCGCAUUCAACAAUGCCGUCGAAAACAUUGAUGAAGAGUUGCGCCAGGGAGCCGAGCUGUUUUCGUACUUGAAGCAGUACCUGAAGCUCUGUACUCGACAGCGGGACAAGGAGAUGAUGCUCCAGUUGAUCGAAGAGCCUGUGACACUGCAGCUCUUCCGUGAUCUCUUUACGAUCUUCUACGAACCUCUUGUGCGAGUCUACAAGUCGGCAAACGUCUACAACAGUGUCACAGACUUUGCUGUGUUUAUCGAUGACAUGAUUCAGGUUGUCGACAAGUGCAGAGAGCAAGACGCUUCUGCCGAUCCCAACCAAACUGUUCAAGCAUUCAUCGAUCUCUGUCAGAGACAUGAGCAUAACUUUUACAAGUUUGUUCAUGAAGUUCACACACAUGACAAUGGCCUCUUUACCCAGCUCAUGGGCUGGAUCGAGGGCAUUCUUGAGUUCCUGCGAAAGGGUCCAAAGAACGGAACUCUCAACGUCAACGCAUUAUUCGAGGGCGGCGUUAGCACGGGACUGUUAGACAAGACCAAGGCAAUCGAGGAGAUCAAUGCACUCAUCGCAUGGCAAGAAGCACGAAAGAAGUGGCACAACGACAAGACGAGGCAGAAGAUGGCGGCAGAGGGACAUGUGGGAAGUGACAUGAUGCCCACUGGAAUUGCCUUUAACUCAUCAGACUUUGGGCUUGAUAGUGACGACCUUGAAGACAUGGCAUACGACGAUGGGUCUGAUUCGGAGCUAGAAGCGGAGCAAGAGGAUGAGAUGGACCCUAUCGAAGCUGAGAGACGACGCAGAGCCAAGCGACAGGAUCGCUUACGGCGAAGUGCAGGAGAGCCAGUGAAACCUCCAGUCGGCGAGGUUCACAAGCUGACGGAGAAUUUCCUGGUCAUGCUGCGGGACGUUUUGGCGGAUUAG